AUGGAAGUGGAGAGUCUCGGUGGUAGCAGAUAUUUCGUGAGGUUUAUUAAUGAUUCUUCUCGAAAAUUGUGGGUGUACUUCUUGAGAAUAAAGGACCAAGUUUUCCAGUACAUCAAAAGGUUUCAUGCUAUGGUGGAGAGGCAGACUGGUAAACCUUUGAAGUGUCUUCGCUCAGAUAAUGGAGGGAAGUAUACUUCCCAUAAAUUCAAAAAUUAUUGUGUCGUGCAUGGCAUCAGGCAUGAGAAGACUGUACCUGGAACCCCACAGCAUAAUGGUGUGGCUGAAAGAAUCAAUAAAACCAUUAUGGAGAAACUGAGGUGUAUGUUAAGAGACGAAGAAUCCGAGGACUGGUGCUUCGUCUGUAAAGAAGGGGGCGAUGUUCGCAUAUGUGAUUACAAGGACUGUCUUAAAUCAUAUCAUCCUGGCUGCGUGAAUGAAGACGUCUCUUUCUUGGAAAGCGAAAAAGAUUGGGAUUGCGCAUGGCAUAAUUGCUUCAAUUGCGGCCGUGAUAAAUCUUCUUACCUUCAUUGCUACACCUGCCCAAAUGCUGUAUGCCGGAAAUGCCUUCCUGCUGGGCACAUUUUAUCGAUUAAAGGUAACUAUGGAUUUUGCAAGCGGUGCCUAAAGCUCGCUUUGCUUAUUGAAGAGAAGAAGGAUUGCAACUCUGAUGGGGAGAUGGUGGACUUUACAGACAGGAAUACACUCGAGGGCCUUCACAUGGAAUAUUAUGACAUCAUCAAAGGAAAAGAAGGAUUCGAGCUGGGAGAUAUAUACGCCGCAAAAGAGCAAGCAAAAGCGAAAAAGAGCUAUCGGCCUAAUUAUGAUGUAGAAUCUGAUGUAGAAGAGGACGAUUAUGAAGAAGAUGAAGAGCAUGUAUCUGAUUAUGAUGUUCUUAAGGGUGAAAACAAAAAGAGGAAAACACGUAAGAGAUCAAACGGGCAGAAAUUCGCUAAGCAAAGGCCAAUUAAAUCCAAUAAAAAAGAGUUUAUAGGCUGGGCGUCGAGACCCCUCGUUGAGUUCCUCAACUCAAUCGGCAAAAGCACGACUGAUAAACUGUCUCACCACGAAGUGACUUGCAUUGUGAAAGAGUAUGCAAAAGAAAAUAAAUUAAUAAAUCCAGGGAGAAAGAAAUCGAUAAAGUGCGAUACACUACUGCAUAAUCUUUUCAGGAAAAAGACGAUAGGUAGACACAGAAUUCAUGACCUUCUAGAAGGCCAUUUUGCCGAAAACCAAGAAGAGUCUGACGAGGAUGAGCUUGGAUACAAUUCAGAGUGCAGUGAUGGAGACACUCAAAAUGCCUGCAAAAGGCAAAGAAAGGUAGACUCAGAGAAAAAAUCCCGAGAAAAGAAGGAAGAAAUUAAUGUGCCUCAAAGUCGUUUUGCAUCGAUUGGGGUUGAGAACAUAAAACUGGUUUAUGUGAGGAGGGGUGUGUUGAAGGAAAUGCUUAAAGAACCUGAAUCAUUUGAAGAGAAGGUGACAGGAUGCUUUGUGCGGGUCAAAUCUGAUCCGUAUGAUUAUCGGUCAAGAUUGUCCCAUCAGCUCAUUCAAGUCAAAGGUGUAAAAGCACUUCCAACAGAAGAGAACAGUGCAGAGGCUAUCCUUUUACUUUCAGCUAUGCCUGGAGAAAUUCACAUAAGUUUUCUUUCUGAUGAAGAUUUCACGGAGGAAGAAUGUGAAGAAUUAAGAAACAAAACUUUAGCUGGGGAGAUUGAGAGGCCUACAGUGGAGUAUCUCCAACAGAAAGUGAAUGCUAUUCAUAAGGACGUGACAAAUUAUUGUAUCCGUAAAGAACUGAGAUUGCUGCACAAUCGCAUCCAGCUAGCCAAUGAGAAAGGACGGAGACGAGAAUAUCCUUUUAUGAUCUCCAAGCUUUUCGACUACUUAGAUAGGAGAAGGAUACUUCAAUCUCCCGCUGAGCAGGCACGGUUGCUCGAAAAUGUGCCGACAGUGAUGCCGGAUGCAUGUGAACCUGAUGAGUGUGACGUAAAGAAUGACGAACAAGGCUCGCCAGACACAUCAUCAGAAGAAGCUACUCAGCAUGACCGUGCAUCUCCUUCUGGAAAGAAGCUGUUCGACAAGCAGGCCAAAGGAAAAGGACAAUACUGUCCAAAUAAUCCGGUCGUUGAUGUGGACUCUGACUCUGGAGAUGAAGAUGGAGAUGGAAGUCCGGGAUCACCAAUCAGAAAGUAA